CACCCUCUUUGUACAGGCACACUUACCAAGUGGUGGCAGCUGAACCCAUCAUUAUCAUCAUUAAACUAUCCUGAGACAUUAUGGGAAUACAGAAGGUGUUUCUGGAAAAAAUAGCUUGGAACUUACAGAUCCGCAACAAGCUUCUGCGACAGGCGCUGGCAGAAUGUCUGGGCACCCUCAUUUUGGUGAUGUUUGGUUGUGGCGCUGUUGCCCAGUUGGUUCUUAGCGGAGGUUCCCAUGGAAUGUUUCUGACGGUAAAUUUCGCUUUCGGGUUCGCUGCCACUCUGGGUAUCCUAGUUUGUGGGCAGGUUUCAGGUGGUCACAUAAACCCCACUGUGACUUUUUCUCUAUGCCUGUUGGGGAGGGAACCAUGGAAGAAGUUCCCCGUUUAUUUCCUAGCCCAGACUAUCGGUGGUUUUCUUGGCUCAGGGAUAAUAUUUGGCAUGUAUUUUGAUGCACUGUGGGAAUACGGGGAAGGGUCUCUAAUCGUCGUCGGGAACAAUGCAACAGCUGGCAUUUUUGCUACUUACCCAUCAAAACACCUUACUGUGCUCAAUGGCUGUUUUGAUCAGAUGAUUGGCACUGCCGCUCUGAUCGUGUGUAUUCUAGCAAUUGUCGACCCUUACAAUAACCCUAUCCCACAAGGACUGGAAGCCUUCACCGUGGGCUUUGUAGUACUGGUGAUUGGUCAGUCAAUGGGUUUCAAUUCAGGUUAUGCUGUAAACCCAGCCAGAGACUUGGGACCUCGGCUCUUUACUGCAAUUGCUGGAUGGGGCCCAGAAGUCUUCACAGCAAACUCUUUCUGGUCUCUUGUACCCGUCUUUGUCCCAUUCAUUGGUGCUGUGAUUGGUGUUCUUGUGUAUCAGCUGAUGGUGGGAUUCCAUGUGGAAGGAGAAGAAAGAGAUAAAAGAGAAGCUGUGGAAAGAGAAGAAAGACAAAGAAUCAAACUCUCUGCUCUUACUGAAAAAGAGUUUGCAUAAGCCCGAGUUGUGUUCAAAGACUAAAAUUAAUUCAUGUUUACCUCCCAUGACAAUAUAUAGAACCAAUUUCCUUUAUUUUGUUUUUAAAGGGCAUAAUACAUUUGGGACUGGCAAGACCCCAUUUUAAAUCCCAAGUUUUGAUAGCAAUUGGAGUGCAAUGCCCUUGACAUCAUGAUUAAACUUAAACUCAGAUUAGUCUCAUGUUAUUUUUCUUGUGCACAGUCAGUUAAAGGUCUCCCAAAUUAUUGCUUUUAAUGAAAUGUAAAUUGCUGUUUUAUGAAUAACCUUUAAUUAUCUUUUGCAGUUUAUUCAAAUAUUUGUCCAAUCAUAGCCUAAUUAUUUCAGCCAUUUAACCAAUGAGUCAAUUGUCACCAUUCAUUUCUCUCUAAUGCUUCUAUCUACAUAGAUAAUUAUGAAUAAGGGAUUUCAUUUAUGAAAAUGAACACAGUCUGUCCUUAUGAAUACUAUAAUAUUAUAAAAUAUUAAUGUCCUCAUGAAUACUAUUAGUCAUAGUUACUGUUUAACUUUUGUAUCAUUCCAUAUUUGUUAUCACUGAAUGAAAGCUGUACUUUUGCCAUUUUUCAUUACUAUAUUCAUUAUCAUGUUGCUUUAUUUAGAGAAAAUAUAUUUUCAUGUAUUACCUGUCUGAUUUGGCACAUACACUCUUAAAAAAUAUUGGGUUGUACAGAACCAACCGUUGGAUAAUAAAUAAACAUAUUUUCUGGGUUUAUGUUAUACCCAAUGGGUUGAAACAACCCAGCAUAGAUUUAUCCUAAUAGUUGGUUCUGUAUAAUAUUAACACAACCAGUGAGUUAAAACAACCAAAUAUUUUAAAAGUGUAUGUACAUAAAAAUAUAUAUGUGUCUUUUUACACUCUUUACAACAAAAUGUUCAUAACAAGCAUUAAGAUUUAUAUUUAAAUGAAUCUGCAAGCAUCUCUGGCAUUAUAUAUAUUUGAGAAACUGCAUGUGCAAACUUAUUGUUGAAAUAAACGUAUUUCGCAUAUUAUAA